CCAGAACUACGCUUGACGUUGUGUGGGAAGCCACGCCCACUGCGCGCAAACUCUUCCUGUUAUGAAACCGGUGCAUGUGAGCAAAGACUUUGAAAGGGACUCUGAUAUUGAAGCUGUUAUUCGAGUGGUUACUGAAUUGGAAAUGUGAGUUGCAUUUUAUCAUUUGCACAUAGCAACUGUCUGCUACCCUGAAGACACCAGCUGAAGAGAAGAGAAGAGAAGAGAAGAGAAGAGAAGAGAAGAGAAGAGAAGAGAAGAGAAGAGAAGAGAAGAGAAGAGAAGAGAAGAGAAGAGAAGAGAAGAGAAGAGAAGAGAAGAGGAGAAGAGAAGAGAAGAGAAGAGAAGAGAGAUGUCUGCCCAGGAAGACCGAGUGAUGGCUUUGUCCGAGUGGGAGGACAGGUGGCAGGAAGGAAGAACUGGUUUUCACAGAUCUGAAGUGCACAAUUUGCUGAAAAACAACUUGGAAAAAGUGUUAUGUGGACGAAAGGAGGUUCGAUUCUUCUUCCCAUUAUGCGGAAAAGCUGUUGACAUGAAAUGGUUGGCUGAUAUGGGUCACACAGUUGUCGGAGUAGAAAUUUCUGAAAAAGGAAUCAAACAAUUCUUUGCAGAGCAAAAUCUUGCUUUUGAUGAAGAACCAGUACCAGCCAUUCCUGGAGCAAAGGUUUUCAAGAGUGCAGAUGGAAAGAUCUCCAUCUAUCAGUGUGAUUUAUACGAGUUCUCCAGUGCUGUUGGAGGAAAGUUUGGAGGAAUUUGGGAUAGAGGAGCGCUGGUGGCUAUAAACCCAUGUGACAGGCAAAAGUAUGCUACUCUCCUUGUGUCCUUAAUGAACUAUGACUGCAGGUAUCUUGUGGACACACUGGAAUAUAAUCCUGAGCUCUAUAAAGGUCCACCAUUUCUUGUAUCAGAAGAGGAUGUAAAAAAAAUGUUUGGAGGUGGAUGUGACAUUGAAUUGCUAGAGUCUGUAGAUGCUUUUGAGGAAAAGCACAAAUCAUGGGGACUGGAUUCACUGACAGAGAAAGUGUACCUUCUCACUCCAAAAGCCCAAUGAUCAAUCAUAAGAUCUACUGGAGGGCAAUUAAAAAGUAAAAAUUACUUAAUAAUGCAAUAAAUAAUUGGCAAAAAUAACAUGGUUAAUAGAAGACAAUUUGCAUUUUUCUAUUUUGAUAACUGUAGCCUGAAAGUUGUUGAUUCAGUAUUUGAAUGUAAUGCAAAUAUUUUAAUAAAUUCCAUAUAUAUAUAUAUAUAUAUAUAUAUAUAUAUAUAUAUAU